GUCGUAACCUAUGAAACCUCGUAGUCAGACUUCUCCGUGAAAAAUUAUUCGUGUGUUAGGUUGUUAAAUUACAGAAAGGUCUCAGGAUGGACGACGAGAGUGAUCAAGACAGUGUCAUCGAGGAGGAUUACUAUUCAUUUCUUAACAUACCCAGAAACGCAACCCCCGACGAAAUUCAUCAGGCCUUCCGGAGGCACAGUAGACUCUACCAUCCGGACAAGCACAUUGAUCCCGUCCUCAAGAAGAAAGCUGAGGUGUUAUUUAGUCGAACCAACAGAGCUUAUGAAGUUCUCAAAGAUCCCCACCAGCGAGCCAUCUACGAUUCCCUCGGUGUCAAAGGCCUCGAGACGAAAGGAUGGGAGAUCGUCCAAAGGACCCAAACACCUCAGGAAAUCCGGGAGGAAUACGAGCGGAUCGCCCGGGAACGCGAGCAGAAGAGGCUCGAACAACGAACAAAUCCCACUGGCAAUAUCACAGUUCACGUGAACGCCACAGAUCUCUUCAACAAAUACGAUGAGGAUUAUGAGAGUGACGGUUUAUUUGGGGGUGUUGAGAUCACAGGAAUGACCUUUGAACAGUCCAUCGAGGCUCCUCUUACCCUUCGCGAUAAAUUAAUUUUGUACGGUACGUUGGACACUCGAAAUGGCGUCGGCGUUGGGACAAUCAAUGUCGCUGCCAGGAGAGCAAUGUCAGCCAAAAAUUAUUUGGAAUUCGAUGUUGGGGGUGGAAAUGGACCCACCCUGAGCCUCAAGGGAUAUCAUGCCCUUACGGAUAGAGUUUUUACAACUGGGGCGCUUUCAGUGCAGUUCAGCCCAGAAAAAGCUCAAUCGGCAAUCGCUUCGACCCUCGGUAUGCAGUUGGACAAACAUACCGUUGGGUAUUUGACUUACAAAACUGGAUACAACAGUGCCAUGUCCACGAGACUCGUCAGGAACAACGAGAGAUCAUUCAUUUCGCUGUCGAUUCAAUUUGGAUAUUUUAGUUCUUAUGCUAGUCUCAGCUACACGUAUAAAAUGCCGGAGAAGAAGAUGAAGUUGCGAGGUGCCUUCAAAAUUGGCACAAAUGGCUACUUCGUGGAGUACGGAGCCGAGAAGAGGGUAUCCAAGCACAGUUUUCUCUCAGCAGCUGUGCGCGUCGGUGUCCCCACAGGGGUAUCAUUAAGGUUAAAAUUAACGCGUGCAUCACAGACGUACCUGCUUCCCAUAACCCUCUGCGAGGAUGUACUACCAGCUCCAGUAUUCUAUGGAACAGUAGCACCCCUGAUAACGUGGAUAAUAGUGAAAAAAUUGAUAGUCGAUCCAGUUGUGAAGGAGCAGAGGGAACGAGAGAGGGAGAAGCAGAAGGAGUUGAACAAGGCGAGGAUGCUGGAGAAGCAGAGAGAGGCCAAGGCUGCUGUAGACCUUAUGAUGGCGACAUUCAGCAGAAUCAGAGCUGAGGAGGAGGCGAAAGGAGGUCUCGUCAUCACCAAAGCACUGUAUGGGAGAUUUGUUUACCCCGACCGACAAAAUAGAGAUCAGGAGAUUGGCAGCGAUCCUAAGGAGGAUGUUAUUGAUGUGACAGUGCCGUUGCAGUGUCUCGUUGUUAAUUCAAGGCUGGUCCUUCAUGAAGCGUCCAAGAGCGAACUCCCAGGAUUUUAUGAUCCCUGUUUUGGAGAAGAAAAACAACUCCUCCUCCAGUAUCUCUUCCACAGACAGACGCAUGAAUGUCUCGUGAAGGACCUAGAGCCCCUCAGGAUACCUCUACAAUACAUUUUUUUACAGCCCAUCGUGUAAAUACCACAUGACAAAAGCGCCAGUCGAGAAAGAAAAAACUGCAAAAAUAAUUUCCAGGAAAUUUACUUCGCUAUUUAAAAUGCAAUUGCAAAUUGAUUCGACAACAAUGUGACAUUCGUCGAAUUAUUUCAUGAGAUGUGUUAACAUUUUUUUUGUGAUGGACAAGAGUCUAUUGUAUUUUUCUGGAUAAAGAAAAGAUUGAUUGUUGACGAAUUAACAUAUAUUUUCGUCCUCAUGUACGUCCUGAAAUGAUAAAAUAGUUUCACAUUUGACAGCUCUGCUGUCUAGUUAUCUCGAAAACGAGUUGUUCUAAUGAUGUUCUAAAAAUUUCAAUGAGCAAUUGAAGACUAAUUUAAGGACGAUUAAUUAGUGUAUAAUAAACUCUUCUUCGAGAUGAUGUCGCCUUAGCUACUUAACGACUGGAUUAAUUAAAAAAUUAUACUUUAUGUAAUCACAUGAUCAGAGUGCAUCUAGAUGCAUUAGACGAAUUUAUUGUCUAUUGACGUCUUGACCACGUGGAUCAAGGGUCUAUGCUCAUUAAGUCAGUUGAAUCUAUCGCUAGGGCUGAAUUCUGAGAGAGGUACUUCUCCAAGGCACUCAGCUCAGCAUUUUUUGCCUCUAUUUUAGACAAUGGAGUCCAUGAGUUGUCAUGUUCCAGACGGUAGGAUCCUCUGAAUAUUUGGGAAGGUCCUGUACUGCCCCAUUCCUGGAACAAAAAUUGUGGUGUUCGAAUAAAUAAUCAAAACUCCAAAACAAA